UUUUUUAGUAUCGGGUUCCUGUAACCAUAGAUCAUACGGGUUAUCUCCUCCCUUUUCUCUCUCGGGUCUAUACUUUUCAGCCUUUUUUCUGCUGCCAUGGAUCUUCCUAAAGUAAAAGACGAAGAAAAGGAGAGCUCAUAUGGAUACGUGCACGGUGUUUCAGGACCUGUGGUUAUUGCUCAGAAUAUGAGUGGUGCUGCUAUGUACGAGUUGGUCCGUGUUGGUCACAGUGAACUUGUUGGAGAGAUCAUUAGGUUGGAGGGAGACCUGGCCACCAUUCAGGUCUAUGAAGAAACUUCUGGUGUAACAAUUGGUGAUCCAGUUUUGCGUACUAGAAAGCCUUUAUCUGUUGAGCUGGGUCCUGGUAUUAUGGGUAACAUAUUUGAUGGAAUUCAGCGACCAUUGAAAGAUAUUUGUGAUAUGACUAGUAGUAUUUAUAUUCCUCGUGGUAUUAAUGUAUACAGUUUGAGUCGUGAGACCUCCUGGUACUUUGAGCCUGUCAAAGACUUUAAGGUUGGCAGUCAUGUAUCUGGUGGUGAUCGUUAUGGUGUUGUGAAAGAGAAUACUCUCAUUGAUCAUCACAUUAUGCUCCCACCCAAAGCAGCAGGUACUAUCAAGUAUAUUGCACCUGCUGGCAACUACACUAUCAAUGAUGUUGUACUGGAGACUGAAUUUGAAGGUGAAACAACAAAGCAUACUAUGGUCCAGGUAUGGCCAGUUCGUCAGAUGCGUCCUGUUGUUGAGAAGCUGGCAGCAAAUUAUCCUCUACUGACAGGACAACGUGUUCUUGAUGCUCUAUUUCCUUGUGUUCAAGGGGGUACUACAGCUAUUCCUGGUGCCUUUGGGUGUGGAAAGACUGUCAUCUCUCAGUCUCUGUCAAAGUUCUCUAACUCUGAUGUCAUCAUUUAUGUUGGGUGUGGAGAAAGAGGAAAUGAAAUGUCUGAAGUAUUGAGAGAUUUCCCUGAAUUGAAAGUGGUGAUCAGAGGAGUGGAGGAGUCCAUUAUGAAGCGUACAGCGCUUGUUGCCAAUACUUCAAAUAUGCCAGUAGCUGCUCGUGAGGCUUCAAUUUACACAGGUAUUACACUGUCUGAAUAUUUCCGUGAUAUGGGUUUCAAUGUGAGUAUGAUGGCUGAUUCUACCUCUCGUUGGGCUGAGGCACUUCGUGAAAUUUCUGGCCGUUUGGCUGAAAUGCCUGCUGAAAAUGGUUUCCCAGCUUAUCUUGGUGCUAGGUUGGCUUCUUUCUAUGAAAGAGCUGGUCGUGUUGUGUGUACUGGUAAUCCUACUAGAGAGGGCAGUGUCACUAUUGUUGGUGCUGUCAGCCCACCUGGUGGAGAUUUCUCUGACCCUGUGACUGCACAAACACUUAACAUUGUUCAAGUAUUCUGGGGAUUGGAUAAAAAGUUGGCACAGAGAAAGCAUUUCCCUUCCAUCAACUGGUUGCUAAGCUACAGCAAGUACAUGAGGGUCUUGGAUGACUUUUAUGACAAGAAUCACUCAGAAUUUGUUCAGCUAAGGACUACUGUUAAAGAGAUAUUGCAAGAGGAGGAAGAUUUGUCUGAAAUCGUGCAGCUUGUAGGAAAGGGCUCAUUGGCAGAGUCAGAUAAGGUCACGCUUGAGGUUGCUAAGCUAAUAAAAGAUGAUUUCCUACAGCAAAAUGGUUACACAGCAUAUGAUCGCUACUGUCCAUUCUAUAAGACUGUUGGAAUGCUUCAGAAUAUUGUGUCAUUUUAUAACAUGGCACAGCGUUCUAUUGAAAAUACUGCUCAGUCUGAUAAUAAGAUAACAUGGGCUAUUAUUAGGGAUCAGUGUGGGGACAUCAUUCAUCAAUUGACUAGAAUGAAAUUUAUGGACCCUAUUGAUGAUGGCGAAGAGAAGAUCAAGGCUUAUUAUGCUAAGCUCACUGAUGAUAUACAGGAAGCUUUCCGUAAAUUAGAAGAGUAGAAACUUUAGUGUGUUUAAAAUUGUUUUGUAUUUCAUUUGCUAUUAAUUGUUAUUAUUAUUAUUAUUAUUAUUAUCAUUAUAGUUGCAAUUAAGUGACUGUUUAUAAAUUAAAAUUAAUGUACAUACAAUAGCAUUAUGUGAACUACA